UCAGAGUCCGUAGUGUCCUGACGAAGGUGGGUCAAGUAACACCGAGUCUGCGCAAUAGAAACUGAGUUAUUCCAAUGUUUUAGAUGUGGACUGAGAGCUUUUCUCUCUUCUGUCAGCUGCAAACAAAGCUCUGCGGUUGAACUCGGCGAUUCGCGCUGUAGCAAAUUUGCAACUUUUUCAAGCCAUGGUAUUUUUUGCAUUCUGGGACCUCGCUUAUGAGUAACUGGAGAAUCAGGUUCUACCCUGGAUUUUAAAUCGUCGUCAUCAAGAUGCAAGGUUGGAUUCUGCAGAGUGCUGCUUUACAAGAUGUUACCCAUGGAUGCGCCCUCCCCAAUCCCUUCUUCUCCAAGAGUAGAUUGCAUUCGGUGCAGGAGCGCAAACGAAUUGGUGUUUGUUCGAUGAGCAGGAAGGGACCUCAAACUUUGAAAUUCUGCUCGGAGCUGCGAAGAGAUUCAAGAGAAGGCGAGCUCGCGGAAAUUUCACCUGCGCUGAAUGAGAAUGAAUUCAAUGCAGAAGCAUCGACGAGGUUUUUGGAAAAUUCCGAACAAAACACUUACAGCAGCACCGGCACCGCAGCAUUGCCGCCCGUGGUUCUCAGACAAAUAAAUUUCACGGAUCGUCAUCUUCUUCUCCUAGGAUUCAUCGCCUGUGCGACAACAGGGGCACUGUCGUGUAUUUUACUAGCUGCGAUUCCUACUUUGAUUGCAUUCAAAAAGGCUGCUGACUCUCUAAAGAAGCUAGCAGACACGGCCCGGGAGGAGCUUCCCGGGACCAUGGCUGCUGUCAGAUUGUCAGGGAUGGAAAUCAGCGAUCUCACAAUGGAGCUCAGUGAUUUAGGCCAGGAAAUUUCUGAGGGUGUGCGGAGCUCUACUCGUGCAGUACGUGCUGCUGAGGAUGGUUUGCGACGGAUGGGCAGUUUCACGUCGAUUGCUAUGUUGCAGGAGAGGGCAACCGAGCAAGUGCAGGUGGUGAAACCAAAAGUAGCUCUCGCAGCAAGAAGCACCCGGGAGGCACUGGUCAGGGCUCGUAGCUUGCUACGAAGUUUGAUCACUUUGACUCGUCUCUCGACUUGGUUGGCUCAACGAUGGCGCAUGAUUAGACCUUGGCAGCAAAAGUCCAUUACCUCUAAGGUUCCAUGACUUACUCAUGGGAUAGAGGAUGUGUACCGCAGCGAGCAAACAAGCAACUGCUUGUAACCAUGAGAGCAUUUACAGUGGAAACUUCUUUAUCCUGCACCCUUCACACGUUGUCCUUUCAAUGAUUUUAAGGAUGAAAAGGGUGGACACGUCUUCAGAUAAUCCUUAUGUUCGAGGUAGAAGGCUUUCAUUUGCAGGGUUAGUUAGUUUGCGGAUGAAUCAUCCCAUAAGCAGGGUGUUCAGAAUGUGCAUUUUUGCUGCUCUGGGUUUCAGAAAGUCCUGGGCAGGACCUCCAGUCAUAUCCUCAUUCUUAGUUUUGGCAGCAUGGUGAGGUUGCCGUGUACAGUGCGAUAUCCUCAAUGUGCUCAUACCCGAGCGUUCGUGGUUCAAACUUCCGACCUCUUGUUCUAUUGUACCUCGUACGAUCUUCGUCGACUGUUCAUCACCUGUUUUGACCUAAAAUGAAGAGG